AUGCAGCUGCAGCUGGAGGCGGGGGUCUGACUGGAUGGGCCCUAUUAGUAUUCCGUCCAUUGGGUGCGCAGUGUUUGCAGCCACAGAGCCACGUCAGGCCUGUAGCAGCUGCUCGUCUUCGACUGCCUCCCCAAGGUUAGAAAGUGAGGCAACGGAAACUUGGAGACGCAUCCAGACCGUGACACUGUUAUUAAGUUUAUAUCUGGGAGGGAGGGGGAAAAAAAGACCUUUUCUCCAAGAGGCUGUCGACUGUGAGCUUCUCGGUGAGGACGAUACUGACAGCGGGUUUUUUUUUUUUUUUUCCUCCUUCGUCUCUGUGAGGAGGUUGCGCCGCGGAGGGAAAGAUCGUUAUCGUCCUUCUCAUUUGUGCUUAAUGGAAACGCGCAAUCAUAAAAAAUGGUUGCAUUUGGAGAACACCCGUGAAUACCCGCCGUUUCCCGACAUCGGUGCGUCACAGGAGACAACUCAUCUAGCUGGAGUCCGGGUUGGGCGUGAAGUCUUCACAGUGCACCGCGUGCUGCUGGAGUGAAGGUGACUUGCGCCCCGCUGCAGUCAAUGCAAUGCGGAGAGGAGUCGCAGGCGCUAAUCCGGCACUUUCUCUGCGCUCCGGAGCUCAUCUAGGAAAAUAACUGCUCUCUCUCUCCGUCACAUACUCCAGGAGAGGAAGGCAGGGGGGGAUCAACAGAGUAAUAGCUGCAUUUUGGGGGGUUAUUGUCUUAAGGUGAAAACGAAGAAGAGGACGAUUAGGUGCGGGGUGGCGAGGAAGGAGAAAGUGGUGGAGUUUGUGGUUGGGGGAUAAGACAAAAGCGUUCUGUCCUAGGGCUGUUUAUUUAGUGGAUGUGUAUGCAUGAGUUCUGCAUCGAAUGGGCGCAAAAACCGCCCCAGAUCCACCGGGAACAUAUUCCAAAUCGGCAAGCCUCCUUACCGAGAGUCACAAAGGAGGGAGAGCACCGAAAGUACCCGCAAAGCCCAGCGCGCUGUGGCCGACUGCAGAAUGAUCGUACAAGAAUUCAAUACCCUUGUGGCUCUGUACCGUGAGCUGGUCAUCUCCAUUGGCGAAAUCACUGUCGACUGCCCUUCUCUACGGGCUGAAAUGCUCAAGACCCGCACCAAGGGCUGCGAGAUGGCGAGGGCAGCACAUCACAGCCUCUCCUUGAUAUCAGGACCAGAGGAUGGAGAGAUCCACCCUGAGAUCUGCAGGCUCUUCAUCCAGCUGCAGUGCUGUCUGGAGAUGUACAUCACUGAGAUGCUCAAAUCGGUCUGUCUGCUGGGCUCCCUGCAGCUGCACAGAAAAGGUAAAGAAUCUUGCGGUCCACCUGUGUUGGAUAGUAAGAUUGAAGAAAGCUCAGACAUCCCAAUCCUGGAGGACACCUCCUCCUCCCCCACUGACUGUCCUCAGCUCUGCUGGCUGGUGGCCACUGACAUUGAAAAUAUAGAAAAAGAUAUGAGAGAAAUGAAGAACCUUCUCAGUAAACUCAGGGAGACAAUGCCUUUACCACUGAAGAACCAAGAUGACAGCAGUUUGCUGAACCUGACUCCCUACCCACUGGUCCGACAGAGAAAGAGGCGGUUCUUCGGGCUGUGUUGUCUCGUAACCAGCUAAGGGCCCUGCCUUCGUUGGUAGGAGGCACCAACAAAGACACCAUUACCCACUGUUCUCUACCACUUGUGUCUCCCGCCAAUCUAUUACUGCCAUUUUCAGAUAAAUUGUCUCUUAUCUCUUCUUCUUUUUUUUAAAGGUUGCCCAUUUUAUAAUUUUAUUUUGUAAUACAAAGAAAAAUUGUAACUACAGUGUAAUGAAAACAAAGGUCAUAAACAUAUAUUUUAGGAUAUUUUGCAACAACCCCUCCAGCCCUCCACCUUGGUAAAUUAUUGCCAAUACCUGCUUGUCUAGUGUCAAAGGGAAUGAGAGAUCUAUGUUCAAUCUCUACCAUAAAACUUGAGAGAAUGCUGUGAUUAUUCAUAUUCUAAAAAAGGGAAAAUAAAUGUUAACUUUGUCAGGAAAUGAUGUAACUCUUUAUGACUAGAUGCCUGAAUGUUUAAAGGACGGUCACUGCAGAGAUAAAGCAAUGCCUUUGUCCGUCUGAAACGACAGGUGUGUUCAGAGUUUGUCGUGUCUCUUUUCUGUUUCUUGUUUGUUUUUUUCUUCUUCUUAAUGUACUUAAUUUAGUCUUCCAUAAACCAGGAACCUGUAAUCAAGCUUUACCUUUUCAGCUUCAAAAAACUAAAUAUAUGACACUGUACUCAUAAAAACGACUUCUUUGCACACAAUAUCUAUAAAUUGUGACAUUAGACUUGUAUAUAAGCAUAAUCUUUAUGAAAUGUUCCCUGAAUUAUUUUCAAAGCCAGGUCGGGUUGGUUAAGAGUGUUUUUUGAUGACAUUAGCGGAGACCACCUCUGUCUGCCCGAGUUAACCGGCAUAUAUGGGCACGGACACGGUGGUGGCUUCAUAUAAAAGGUGGUCAACGUUUAGGGUACGGUGAAGGUACAGUAGUCCAAACUGAUAAAUGUCAUUUUACAUUGUUAAUAAACUUUUGUUAUUGAAACGAAA